UAUAAAGAUAAAGCACAGACUUUGAGCUCAACAGCCAUAUCAAAAUCCAAGCAAGAUAUAUGCAUACAUACACACACCUAUAUUACUUAUACACACGCACAAAACCUCUGAAUCCCAUCUCAUCUUGUUGAUAAUCUGUCUGUACCCAAAUUCUAAAAUCUCCAUAGCUAUUAUGUCAAAUGAUGUCAAGAAAAAAUCGGUAGCAUUGCAUAGCUGCUGGUCUCAAUUAUGAUAGAUCAAAUCAACAUAAACAACUUUCUUCAACACUGCUUAUUCAUUCUCUCCAAACAUCAUCUAAACACUAGCCCUUUUUCUCUAUCAAACUUGGGGCUACCUGGUUUAUCAAAUUGUAUUGCAUUUGCAAAUUUGUCUAUCAUCCAGCUUCUCAUUUGAUCAAACAUGGGUCUCUCAAGUCUCCCAGCUCCAUCCGAAGGAGUUCUAUGUGUAAUUUUAGUGAACACAUCACUUUCCCUUUCCAUUUUUAAAGGCCUUGUUCGAACCUUCCUUCAUAUAGUUAGUAUCUUCCUCUUUUCCUCGUCGCCUUCAUCAUCACCACCACCACCACCAUCAUUGUCAUCACCGCCCUCAUUAGCAGAUUACAGGGAAAACCAUUCAGAAUCAUUUGAGUUCAGCCGCAAUCCGUCAUACACUUACAUUGAGGAGUUUCGUAGCCGAGUUCCGGCUAUAAGAUAUGAUUCUAUGUGUGGAUGCAAGGGGGCAGAAGCAGUGCAUGACUGCUCAGUUUGUCUCAGUCAGUUUGAACCUGAAUCUGAGAUAAACCACUUGGCUUGUGGCCAUCUUUUUCACCAAGUAUGCUUGGAGAAGUGGCUGGACUAUUGGAACACCACAUGCCCUCUUUGCAGGACUCCUUUAAUGUCUGAAGAAGACUCGACUUGCUUUUGGUGAGACUUGUUCACAAAGCAUGUCAAGUCAAGAAAAAUCUCAUGUACAGCUAGUGUGUUGAUGUAUUUAGAGGAAUGCAUCGGCUGUUCCAUAGUGUUGGCAUACCCUUAUGUUAUGUGUAUAUGUUAUGAGAGUUUAAAAGCUUUAACAUCUUAGAGGCCAAAAUGAAAUUUUAUUGUACAUAUUUUUGAGGUUUCUGUACUACUACCACUUCCUUUGUUGAAUUUCCUUUGACCCUUAGUUGAGUUUUUCAGUUUGCAACUAGUCGUGUUUCUGUUAGAGUUUAUGAAGAAGUAUAUACCAUCUUUCUUAUGCACCCAAAGACGGUAUAAUGCAUAUAUGUUGAACUUACCAGUACCGAGUCUCCCUGUUUUUAAACCAUGAUUUAGCCAGUUAUCUAUUUUAUGGGUGAAUUUUGUUCAGGUUUGAAGGUUUGUAUGGUGAUUGUGAUAUGCAACUUUCUUGAUUUCAUA